AUGGGAGAUGAUGAUAACCUCAUUCUCCGUGUGGUGGCUGGUGCAAAUGAUAGAACGACUAUGGUAAAAGAUACAAUCCAGGAAGCAAUGACAGCUAUUCAGGCUAAUGAAGAUUUUGUUGACCAAGAAAUCGAUGACGAUGAUGAAAACCUUAUUAUCAAUGUAGUGGCCGGUGCAAAGGAUAGAAACACUAUGUUCAAAGAUCCAACCCUGGAAGCAAUCACAGCUAUUCAGAAUUCGCUAUCCAAGGAAUCACGACUUGCUACAGAUAUACAAAAGGAAGGAAGGACGAUGCCCUCAAACAGAAAGCGUAAAGCACCUUCAGAGGUUAAAGAUGGUGAGGUACAUACUUUGCUGUCUAAAGCUGAAGCAAAGCAGAGUUUGGAAUUCAAACGAGAUAGCCAGCUAUUAAAUAGAAGUACCAAAUUGCGAAAGAAGUCUCCAUGGAAAGAUCUCGUUAGUGCUAGUAGUGGUGCUACAUUCAGUGUAUUGGAUGUUUUGCUGAGUGCUAUUCCUGGUAAAGAGAUGCAGUAUGGCUCUGAUGGUGUUAGUGAGUUCUCCUCUGACGAAAAAGAUGAAGUAACAAACGAUGAGAAAGUAUCAGAUCACCUUGAAGAGCUGGAUAAAGUUGAAUCUGAAGAUGAAGUAUCAAACGAUGAGGAAGUAUCAGAUCAGCAUGAAGAGCUGGAUAAAGUUGAAUCUGAAGAUGAAGUAUCAAACGAUGAGGAAGUAUCAGAUCAGCAUGAAGAGCUGGAUAAAGUUGAAUCUGAAGAUGAAGUAUCAAACGAUGAGGAAGUAUCAGAUCAGCAUGAAGAGCUGGAUAAAGUUGAAUCUGAAGAUGAAGUAUCAAACGAUGAGGAAGUAUCAGAUCAGCAUGAAGAGCUGGAUAAAGUUGAAUUUGAAGAUGAAGUAUCAAACGAUGAGAAAGUAUUAGAUCAGCAUGAAGAGCUGGAUAAAGUUGAAUAUGAAGAGAAAUUAUCAGAUCAGCAUGAGGAGCUGGAUAAAAUUGCCACUGACAAUUUAGUUGCCCCUGUAGAUAUUUAUGUCAGAGGUGCUGCGUGGCGACAAAAAUCUUCAUGGACAGAAUUGGUUCGUGAUGCCAACAGAAGUUCUUUCAGCAUUUCGCAAAUUUUGCCUGGUCUAAGUCUUCCAAAACCAGAGUUGCCAGUGAUGGGAGAGACUGGAACAGCACACAAAUCUAACAGCACGGAUAAAAGUAAUUCUCAAGAUUUUUCUGUAGAGGAGCAGAAUAAUGUUUAUUUCAGUAAAAAGCUUCCAGUGUUGGACGACUAUCAGAAGAAAGAAACAAUGAAGAAUGAAGGCAGUGCUCCAACUCCCGAAAAGGAACACGUAUCUGCAUUAAAACAAGUACUUGUAGGAGAUACUAACUACAACGAAACUUGUUCUUUCAUGAGGAGUGCUGCUUGA